CGGGAGAGGGGCUCCUGGAAGACUUUGCCCUGACAGAAGCGCUGGUGGCGGCACGGGCGGGCGCCAGCGCGCCUAGACCCGGCUCGUCCAGCAGCUGCCACCUGCCCAGUGACCAUGAUAGUGUUUGUCAGGUUCAACUCCAGCCACGGUUUCCCAGUGGAGGUCGAUUCUGACACCAGCAUCUUCCAGCUUAAGGAAGUGGUUGCUAAGCGACAGGGGGUUCCUGCCAACCAGCUGCAUGUGAUUUUUGCAGGGAAGGAGCUUCCAAAUGACCUGACCGUGCAGAACUGUGACCUGGAACAGCAGAGCCUGGUUCACAUCGUGCAGAGACCCCAGGCAGCAGGGCAGGGCGCGAAGGCCACCGGAGGGGACGCGCCCGGGGCGGCCGGCGACAGCUUGACGCGCGUGGACCUCGGCGGCUGCCUCCUGCCCGCGGCGCACUCGGUGGGGCUGGCCGUCAUCCUGGACCCCGGCGGUGGACGCCGCUCGCCGGCAGCCCGGGGGCCGGCAGGUGAGGCGACCUACAGUCGUUUCUACGUCUACUGCAAAGGCCCGUGUGGCAGCGCGCAGCCGGGGAAGCUGCGGGUGCGGUGCGGCACCUGCGGGCAGCCCAGCCUCACCCUGGCCCAGGGUCCAUCUUGCUGGGAUGAUGUCUUAAUUCCGAACCGGAUGCGUGGCGAAUGCCAGUCUCCAGGAUGUCCCGGCACGCAAGCGGAAUUUUUCUUUAAAUGUGGAGCCCACCCGACCUCCGACACGGACACAUCAGUGGCUCUGAACCUGAUCACCACCAACAGCCGGGACAUCAGCUGCAUCACCUGCACGGACGUCAGGAGCCCCGUCCUGGUCUUCCCAUGUGACCAUCGCCACGUGAUCUGCCUGGACUGCUUCCACCUGUACUGCGUGACGAGGCUCAAUGACCGGCAGUUUGUCCACGACGCCCAGCUCGGCUACACGCUGCCCUGCGUGGCUGGCUGUCGCAACUCCUUGAUUAAAGAGCUCCAUCACUUCAGGAUUCUGGGAGAAGAGCAGUACAACCGGUACCAGCAGUACGGGGCGGAGGAGUGCGUGCUGAAGAUGGGGGGCGUGCUGUGCCCCCGGCCGGGCUGCGGAGCCGGCCUCCUGCCGGAGCGGGGCCAGAGGAGAGUCACCUGUGAAGGGGGCCACGGCCUGGGCUGCGGGUUUGUCUUUUGCCGGGACUGCAAGGAGGCGUUCCACGACGGCGACUGCAGCGCGCUGUUUGACACCUUGGGAGCCGCGUCUCAGGCCUACAGGGUGGACGCGCGGGCCGCCCAGCAAGCCCGGUGGGAGGCGGCGUCCAAGGAGACCAUCAGGAGAACCACCAGGCCGUGCCCCCGCUGCGGCGUGCCCGUGGAGAAGAACGGAGGAUGCAUGCACAUGCACUGUCCGCAGCCCCAGUGCAAGAUGGAGUGGUGCUGGAACUGCGGCUGCGCGUGGAACCGCGUCUGCAUGGCCGACCACUGGUUCGAUGUGUAGCGGGCACCGCAGGCCGCGGCGGCCGCCCCCGGCCCGGCAGGGCGCCGGCC